AUGAGUGCGUACAAGACUCAGCGAGGACCCAUUCGGACGGCGUUCACGAAGGCCAUCACCGAGUUGACGACGGAACUUGAUAAGGAAGAACCAGACGGGACGAUUCUACAGCAGCUCGCGUUGCGGUUAGAGGGUCAUCAUAGCAAGCUCCUCCAAGUGAAUGAUAAGGUUGAGGAGGCGUUGUUGAAGGCCGGGGACACCACAGCAGAGGAAUUUGCAUCGGAAUAUGCGUCGGUUGUCGAAUAUAAAGAGAAGUUCACGGAUGUCACUCUCAGGCUGAAGGAAGUGAUGGAGGAAGAAGAAACGUCCGAGGCGUCAAGUAGUGGUAGCAGCAAAUCCAAGUCGAAGAUAAGGCUACCAAAGUUGGAGUUCAAGAAGUAUGGAGGGGAUCCGAGAGAGUGGCUAAGCUUCUGGGGACAGUUUAAGAGUAUUCAUGAGAACGAGUCAAUGUCGCCAGAAGAAAAGUUUCAGUAUUUGUGUCAAGCCACAACAGAUAAUUCGAGAGCUAGAGCUAUUGUUGGUAGUUAUCCUCCUACUGCUGAGAACUAUCCUAAAGUGAUCGAAAGUUUGAAAAGUCGAUUUGGACGUGAUGAGAUCCUUAUCGAAGUGAACCGUCUUUCUCAUCUGAUGGAAUUUCUCAGGGUCGAGGUGGAAAGUGACGUCCGAAUCAAGAUGGCGCAAACUGGAUUUGGAAAUGCUUCUUCAAAGAAAGAAAAGUAUUUGACGGAGAAGUCAGAUCCAGUCUCUACAGCAGCUGAGUUGUAUAAUGGAGAUUCGCCUGUCCAGAAAACGUGCAUAUUUUGUGAAAAGAAGCACAAUAGUCAAGAUUGUUAUCAAGCAGCAAAGAUGAGUCUCGAUAGCAAGAAAAAGAAAGUUCAAGAAAAGAGAGCCUGUUUCAUCUGUUUGAGAGUUGGACAUAUUUCGAAAUCGUGCAAGUCUAAAGUGAAGUGUCCUUUGUGUGGGCGUUUGCAUCACGCCACAAUGUGCCCCGAGAACCCAAAGAAUAAAGUGGAAUCUGCUACGAGUGAGAGUGCAAGUGCGGACACCUCAAUGUCAAAUUACAGUCAUCACGACGUAAUGCUGCAGACGCUGGAAAUAAGAAUCAGCAACAAAGCGAAGAAUGAAGAGAGACUGGUUCGUGCCGUGAUUGAUACCGGGUCGCAGAGGUCGUACGUGUCCAAGAAAGCAGUUCAAGUUUUGGGAUUCAAGCCGAUUGGAGAGAAAAGGAUCAUGCAUUCCUUAUUUGGGGGACAACAGACAGAUGAGCAGCGCCACAAGUUAUUUGAGAUUGCUCUGCAAAGUAAAGAUCGUCAGUUUCACUGCAAAAUCAUGGUUUUGGAUCAAGAGAAGAUAUGUGGCAAGAUUUCAAGAGUACCACAAGGACCAUGGGUAAAAGAGUUAAAAGGUGCAGGUAUUGAGCUGACUGAUGUUGACGUGGAUGAUGAGCUGAGAGACAUUCAUGUGUUAAUUGGUGCUGAUGUGGCUGGAGAUUUGUUGACUGGAAAUUUAUAUAGGACCUCGAGUGGACCAGUAGCAAUUGAGACGAGAUUGGGAUGGACACUCAUGGGGAAAAACAAGUCAACGAGAAUGGGUCAAGAUGGCAAUUCACUCAUUGCUACAUCACUGCAUGUUGGGGACUUGGAUAUCCAGGCGUUAUGGAAGCUGGAUGUGAUUGGAAUUAAGGAUCCCUGCGAAACCAAAACAAGAGAAGAACUCAUGGAAUCAGCCUCAACACACUUUAAAGAAAAUGUGAAGAUUAAUAGCCAGAAACGAUAA